AUGGGCAAGAUCGAGUACGCCGUGGUGGCGCGCGGCGCGGUGGUGCUGGCGGAGCACUACAGCGCGGCGGCGGCGGGCGGCAACGCGGGCGCCGUGGCGCGGCAGGUCCUGGAGCGCCUCCCCGCCGGAGGCGCCGGUGGCGACGACUGCAACGUCUCCUACACGCAGGACCUCCACGUGUUCCACGUCAAGCGCACCGACGGCCUCACCGCGCUCUGCAUGGCCGACGAUGCCGCCGGGCGGCGUGUUCCGUUCGCGUUCCUGGAGGACAUCCACGGGAGGUUCGUCAAGGCGUACGGCCGGGCGGCACUCACCGCGCUCGCGUACGCCAUGAACGACGAGUUCUCCAGGGUUCUGGCCCAGCAGAUGGACUACUACUCCAAUGACGCCAGCGCGGACAGGAUAACCCGCAUGAGGGGUGAGAUCGACCAGGUCCGGAGCGUGAUGAUAGACAACAUCGACAGGGUGCUGGAGAGGGGUGACCGUCUGGAGCUGCUGGUGGACAAGACGGCAACCAUGCAGGGGAACACCAUGCGCUUCAAGCGCCAAGCUCGCCGCUUCAGGAACACCAUGUGGUGGAGGAACGUCAAGCUCACAGCUGCAGUGAUAUUCAUCCUCUCCGUAAUAGUGUACCUCGUGCUCGCCUAUAUGUGUCACGGCUUCACCCUACCAUCCUGCGUUCCGUGA